AUGGCUUCUCCUUCUUCAAGCGGUGGCGGAGGAGAAGGAGGUAGUUCUACUCUUGCUCCGUCAUCACUUCCGCCGCCUCGUCCGAAGUCUCCACCGGAAUAUCCAGAUUUAUACGGGAAACGCAGAGAAGCGGCGAGAGUUCAGAUGCUCGAGAGAGAGAUUGGUUUUCUCGAGGCAAACAACGAAAGAGUCGAAGACCCUGCCGGUUCUGGAAGUGGCUCUGGAAGCCCAAGUGCUGCAGCUGCACAACUUGCAGCUUCAUUGGUUCCAAAUGCUGUGACGGUUCAUGCUGCUCAAACAUUUGUUGUUGCCCGAGACCGAGCUGCCCGAGCUGUUCAUGCUUCAAAGGUUGCUGCUGUUCUUGUCCAGAUAUAUCUUGCUGCAUUCCCACUUGUUUCCGCAGUUGUUGUAGUCGACCGUCGUGUCUGA